UAUUUAUGACAGUCCCGGCCGCGCUCCACCCGGCGCCGCGGACUUUAGCCCUUCUUCGAAUAGGAAGCAGGUGGGAGGACGCACCCCAUCCUGGCGGCCAGCUGCAGCGCAAGGGAAGGACCCCAGGAUAAUGGCAAAAUUUCUGUCCCAGGAUCAAAUUAACGACAUAGUGCGAGAAUCCAGCCCCAUGGUCAAGAGUAAAUGGACGAGGGGGGAAGGAAGGUGAUCAAACCAAAGAAAGGCCGAUUAUUUCGUUCCUAGGAUGCUCUGCAGACAGAGAACCCCCGUCCAGCCAACCCUGCAGAGUUCAAGGAAUGUUUUUCCCUGUACGAUAAGAAACAAAAAGGCAAGAUAAAAGCCACUGACCUGAUCGUUGUGAUGCGGUGCCUGGGAGCCAGCCCAACGCCAGGGGAGGUCCAGAAACACCUUCACUUGCACAAAAUCGACAGAAACGCAGAACUGGAUUUUUCCACUUUUCUGAAUAUAAUGUACAGGCAAAUGAAGCAGGAGGAACCCGAAAAGGAAAUCCUCACGGCCUUGUCCAUGAUAGACAGGCAGAAGAAAGGGUUUAUCACCGUUUCAGAACUGAGAGCCAAGCUUACAAGACUAGGAGAAAAGCUCUCCGAGGAAGAAGUGGAUGACCUGCUAAAAGAAGCCAAAAUUGGACCAAAUGGAACAAUAAAAUAUGAAGAAUUUGUCCGCACCAUUAGUCUUCCUGCAGCCGACUACUAAAAUUCAAAGCAAGAGACCUGAUGAGGGAUCUGAUGACAACAGGACCUGAAACUUUGAUUUCAACUUUUCCUAGUCACUGUUUAGACUCAGGAAUCACUAUUUGCCUUUAAGAAUCCAUACUCUGCCUUGAGUUUAGCUUACACAAACCCAUUCCAGAAAACUCCUACCCCACUUCCAGAAAAACAUUGCCACUUAGAAAAUGUGAGCUCUCAGUCAUUUAAAUAAACUGAAUGUAGCAUUCCCUUGUGUAUAACGUGUCACACUUACAAAACAACUGUUCUUUCAAAAGUGCAUUUAAGUCCACAGAUCACAGCAUAAAUUAUGACUUAUAGUUAAUGUUGCACAGUGACUGCAUUCCAAAAAGUCAACAAAAAAUCAUAACCAUUUGCUAUUUCCACACACCGGAGCCUGGGUGCAGUUCUUCGUGUGUCAAAAAAUUCCUCGGGAGGCUCGAUUAUGUCCUGAUGGUGGCAAGUUUAGCGUAACUGCACAGGUCUCCAGCAUUGCUGGCAUCUCUGAUACAGAUCCUGUAACGUAGCUCCCAAUCACAUGUGGCUCUGUCGCAAAGUUGUCAAGAUACCAGCGCCACUUGAAGGGUGACCACAUCCUUUUCACUACUCAGAGGGGCCGGAGACAAGCAGUCCGGAUUUUUCCGACUACACCAAGACUGAGUUUAGAGUAAACUGGAAGGACAACUCCUGCUCUCAAAGCAUAGGAACUCGGAUCACUGUUUCAUAUGUUGGAGGAAUGAAAGAGGAUGAGGAAUAAGCUUUCUCUGUAUCUCUACUUUGACACAUUAUUUAUUUCGCAAGAUGCAAUAUCCUGCAGUGUCCAGUCUCCAUGUAGUUAAGCUGCCACUGAACUCCGAGGCAACACUUUGAAAAACGCAGCGCUUGGCAAAUGCAUCUGUCACCAGGUACUGGGCUAUCUGCCCAGAACACGCUCCCAAAGACAGCCAGGCAGGGAAUAGCAGCGGCUGGGAAAAUUCAGCUGCUUUGCAACAGAAAAAAGGCUGUCUCUCUUGACUUUAAACUGAUUAAAACCAAACUGCCCCAAAACAGUAGGUUUUAACCUUAUUCU